CAAGUCGCCAGGGCCUUCUUGGGGCUUCCUCCCAGCCUUCCCUCCGAGUCCUCGCUCUCCUCCUCGCUCUCCUGCUUCUCUCCCUUUCCGCCAUCCCAGCAUCUACUGGCAGUGGCCGACGCCCCUUUAGCUGCCGGAUCUGGCGCCUCACUGACUGCGGUCGUAGGUCAUGUCUGGGGCGAGACUGCCCGCAGUACGCCUGCCGUCCGUCAUCGCAAGCCAUGGGACCGACGAAGAACACCUUGGAGAGAGUCCUGUCGUGGUGGACCUGCCGCCGUCGAACAAAUUUGGAUUCGCAUGGCCUGUCGAGUCUGCCGCGCCGGUUCAGUUACAGGUAGCGGCCGAGCGAACCACCGGUGUCUCAUUCAGCUCCUCGGAAGGUGAGACCGACAUAUCCGAGGAGGAGCUGAGCCGCCCUACCAAAAGGUCCGCCAAAGCAGGGGACGGAGAGGAAUCCGAGUUCGUUACGCCCACGAAUCACUUGGACUCUGACCAGAAUCCUAUGGAUCAGGCGGCGCAGAGUUCCCCGCCCCCUCGCUUGUCCAGAGCGUUCUCCAUGCCUCUUCCUUCUCAACUCGGGUCCCUUCGGAAUCCACGGCGCGUCGCUUCCUCCCCGGACAACGAUGAUACGACCACUAUCAUCCAGCUACCUCCGGAGUAUGCUCACUUCCACGAGCUGUCGCUGGAGCUUGCAGACUCGGUGCAGAUGGUCAUACAGACCUUGCUUCAACUAUCGCCUCCUCAAGUUCUAGAUCCCGCCAAGGAGCAGUUCUCAGCAUGCUCACUCUCCAUCCCAACGCCCUCCGUAUCUGCUAUGUUUACAUCUAUGAAGAAUCUAAAUUACAUGUCCGCCAACAUGUCGGCUCUUAGUCUCGAUCCUCCCGUCCAACAAGCAACUACUGCAGGCGAACGUCUUGGUAUGCCGACACUUCUUAAUGACUUCGACAUUGGUGAGAUGUUGCAGAGUGCGGGUGACGCAUUGAGCGGUGUCGCCGCUCAAGCUGGGGUCGAUCUCGUGUUAUUCCAUGGUGACUUGGGGAUGAAGCACGUCGGGGUGAGGGGGGAUGAAAGUGGUCUCUCGUAUACCCUGUCGCAUGUUAUACGCCAGAUAAUCGCUACAUCUCAUCCAGGGGACACCAUCGAAGUAGGGUUGUUUAUUGCCGUUGCGUCAACGUCUGCAAACGGUGCAGAUGCAGGUCGAGCGUCGCCCUCAAGCGACGCUGAAGGCCCAUUGCGUUGUACGUUCCAAAUAGCGCAUGGGACAACAGCGGCCAAUUCAACGCGAACGAGCGACGCGGGUGCGUCCGAAGCUGGCAGCGCGCCUCCAUCUCCAUCAACCGCCUCCUUCCGAUCACAGCCGUCCUUGAGGAGCCUCUUCCUGCGGCGUCUGUUGAGCCAUGUUGGCGCUACUCUGGAGUUGGACGUUCAGCCCAAGGGCGCGUUACCGGCGGGCCGUUUUUGUGAGUUGGCUGUCAACUUGGAUCGUGGUUCGCCAGCUGUGGUCGAUCCUACCGUGAGCGGAGCGGCCGAGGAAGCGCUCCCUGGUUCACCGGAACUGAAGAUCUCGCACGAGCCGACACUGGAGCAGUUAACACAAUUCGCCGAGUCACUGCGAGGGCGGAAGGCAACACUCUUUGCGAACUCGAAGGGAUCAUUUGCGCAACAUCUCACGAGUUACCUCACCGCAUGGGGAAUGGACGUCAGCCAUGUAUCAGCCGAACCGGACGCAGAUACACUCCCUGAGCACAUGGAGGGGAGUCCUCAGUCCGCCUCAUCUACUUCGACGGGCAGAGACGAUAGCCCGUCUUCGGCGGAUGCAGAGCAGCCUACUGGACUAGCCCCUCCUCCUUCUGGGAUCCCUGGACCGGAGCCAUUGUCGUUUUACCUCAUAGACGACGACGUCUCUGUUUUGCGGGAAAGGUUGCAGAAAAUCAGAGCAGAGCAAGCGUACCCACUGCACCUGAACACGCGGAAACGACCGUCGCUUGCCAACCACCACCGCCCUCGCUCAUCACCGCAGGUCGCCCGCGUGAUGGGACUGACUCCCGCGACGACUGCACCCAAUUCGCCUUCGCCCGUCAUCGUCCACUUCACUUCCCUCUCGAACUUCAAGCUGGUCAAGGAUGCUAUCCAGUCGGUGUUUGUGCCUGGCAUUGGCGCCGCGUCCCGACUCCCCGAAGUCAUUGUCAUCCCCAAGCCUGCUGGACCACGUCGCGUUUUGACGGCAUUACACACGGCCAUUACGAAGCCUAUCGUGGACCCUUUCUUCUAUCCUACCGCCACUUCUCCCAUUAGCCCCGGUUUCCACGCUAUGACCCCCUUCUUCAACAUGCCGAAUGCCGCCAGAUCCCCCGGUGCCAGGUCGACUACGAGCAUUCGGACGACGUCUGACAAGUCUGCCAGGUCGCCAAAGGACCACACUCCAUCGUCGCCACGAGGUGUGUCGGACACGAUGGAGUACUUUUCGGACGCGGCUGCCAAGCUUGGGACUUCGCCUGCCUCCGGCCUCGUUAUUCAGAGUCCCGACGGUCAACCCGCAGGUAUUUUCUUCCAUCCGAAACCGAAAGGCUCGGGAAGUAGGAGUAAUUUACCGACACCUGCGUCUGAACGGGGUGCCCCGUCUUACGAGUCAAUGGGGCGCACUCGUGCAGUGUCGUUCCGUCGUCCGCCAGACGACGUGAAGGCCGGCGGCCUGACGGCUGGUACAUCGGAUGUCUCGCGGCGAGGUUCACGGCCGCCUAUGCCGGAGAGCACCGACUCUGAUGGGCGCGAGGGCCAGGAAAUCCCGUCGAUGGGCAGACGGAAGUCGGUACCUGCAAGCGAGGGUCUGCCGCCAUUGUCCACGGAGAGCCCUAUCUCUGCUGGUAUCGUGGUCGGAUCUCCCGUCGGUGAGCCGUCGCCGGCAACGUCCUCGUCGUUGCGGAACGUGCCCCGCAAGGGUAGCCAAGUGGACCCCCUUCAUCUGCACCUUCCAGAUCCACCGUCUCCGUCUGCGUCUGUGCGUCGACCAAGACGGAAUCUGGACAGCCCAGCUUCAGCCCUUGCCACGGUGCAGAAGAAGGGCAAGCCCAGUGACACCAACAUUGUGCCGCCAAUCAGUGUUCUCAUCGUCGACGACAAUCCGAUCAACCAAACGAUUCUCUCCACCUUCAUGAAGAAGAAGAAGAUCAAGUUUGAUGUCGCGAAGAAUGGGGAGGAGGCUGUGGCGAAGUGGCAGACGGGGGGCUUCCAUCUAGUUCUCAUGGACAUUCAGAUGCCUGUCAUGGACGGUAUCGAGGCUACGAAGCAGAUCCGACGAAUGGAGAAGUUCAAUGCCACCGGGGCUUUUCCGUCAACACCCCAAUCUGAAGGUCAACGGACACCGUCAGAAGCCUCGCUCAGCGAGUCUCGCUCGUCGACGAUGUCCACUCCGCCGUACCGGUCGUCAGUGAUCAUUGUCGCCCUCACGGCUUCCUCGCUGCAGAGCGACCGAGUGGCCGCGUUGGCUGCCGGGUGCAAUGACUUCCUCACGAAGCCCGUGUCGCUCCACUGGCUGAACAGCAAGAUCAUCGAGUGGGGUUCUAUCAAGGCCUUGCAGAUGUGGGCGGAUAUUCGGCCGGAGGUGGUCAAGAGCAUAUCGUCCGGUCAGGCAGCACAGGCGCAGAAAGUCGCACGCAGGCUGCAUGUCCCGGAAGGCAGGACUCCCACCGACUCCCGUAGUCGAUCGUCCUCUGUGUCUCGUAAUAGGCAGGGGUCUGCCGAAGGUGCCGCGGCUGCGGCGAGGAAGCUCGCAGCAGAUGACAGGACGCCCACACAGAACAUGCCCAUGCCUGCGACCCACGAUGAUUCUCCAGGCUCUACGAGCGGAUCGUCAUCCGACUCGGUGAACAUGCCGCAUGCGCCAUUGGCAGCCGAAAUCGCUGAUCCUCUCGCGGAGCCCGAAAUUGCGGCCGGAAGUGCGUUUCUUGGGGAGCUAGAAGACACCGCUACUUCGUCCGUGCAGAACCUCCAGGGCGAGGACCCUUCCCGUGAGGCCGUCCCGGGGGCGUUCCGGGCUUCUGGACCGACCGAGUCGCUUCAAAAUGAACCGCCGGUCUUGGCCGCCGACACACAACACCCUGUGACACCAGCUCGAGACGAUAAUGGUGCCAAAGAAGGACAAGAGGAUGCACUGCCGGAGGCCGGCGACCCUCCAGUAACAGGCCGCGAUGGCGAGCCGCCGGAACCGCCGCCAGAGCCGCAAUGACGGUACGGGGCGACUCUUGGGCUGUUUGCAUGGUUUGCACUCCCAUUCGUUUUACCCUUCUUGCCAAGGGUCGCCGGGUUCUUUCGCAAGUUUUUCUGAUGUUUUCGUUUUCUGGGGUUUCGUGUGGGUUGUAUCGCGGUGCUGGGUCUUUCUUUGGGUUAACUGGUCCUAGGUCAUCUACGUAUGUUGUCGCUGCUUAUACUGGUUCAGGUAUGAUAGUUCGCAUUCACGCUUCACGAUACACCACGACCAUUUCGCCAUUCGCGCUCGCCUAGCGGACUACUCUACCGCUGCCCUGCUGCUCUCGGGCUGCCUGAUGGCGGCUAUCUCAUUGUUCUAAUGCACUGUAUCCAACACGAGCACGGACUAUUCGCGUAGAAUAAGUAUAUCCCAUACACGAGACGAUAUAUCACACGUCUUUGCUGCCUUA